CGGGAGUGACUUUUUACACUGGCGCAUGCGCACUAGGAGGGCAGGGCCGGAUCUGGCGCUGUACGGUGGCCGAGGAAGGUCCGACCUCCUCGCGCGCAGCUCUUUGUCAGGCGGGAGGAGCCCGGCGGGGAGCGGCGUGGCGGGCGGCCUGGCACGGAGGACGAAGACACAGCUUAUCCCGUUUAAGUAAAAUGGGGUCAAAACAGAUUGCGCAGGAAACGUUUGAUGAAGCAGUGCAAGAAAACAUUACAGAAUUUGAAAUGGAUCCUGAAGAGGCGGUGAGAGAAGCUGUGCAGCAAUUUGAGUCCCAAGGUGUUGACCUCAGCAAUAUCGUAAAAGCGGUGCGGCAGCCUGCCUCGGAGAACGGCCAGAAGCAAAAGCAUGCAAUUUUGCUGACUUUAGAUUCCCUUGGGAGAGCUGUUGCUGAUGCUGAUCUUGCUGAGAUGGCUGAGCAGCUGGUGGUCUUCACUGAUCAGUGCAAAGAACAGCUGGCUUUCCGCUACCUGGCUGGGCAGAACGGCGCCUAUUCUGUGAUAUUCUCUGCCUGCCAGUUGGCUUCGGGAGACAGAGAUUUAAUGCUGAAAGCCUUUCAUACGCUGUCCGCUGUAUUGGACGGGCAGCCAGACCUCCUUGACUCUGCUGGCCAGGAUCUACUGCUACAAACUCUGAGAGAAUAUGGAGACGAUGCGGAGAUGACGCUGGCUGGGAUCCGCUGCAUUCGGCACGCCUGUCUGAAACACGAGCAGAAUCGACAGGACUUUGUGAAAGGCGGGGUUCUCCCGCUUCUGACUGGAGCGAUAAUCCAGCACGGAGACAGCGCCGAUGUCGUCCGAACAGCCUCCUCGGCACUCAGGAUCAUGACGUUUGAUGAUGACAUACGUGUGCCCUUUGGCCAUGCUCAUGAUCACGCCAAAAUGAUUGUGUUGGAAAACGAUGGGCUAAGAGUCCUCAUUGAAGCUGCAAAAGCAUUCACAGAUAACUCCAGUGUUCUCAGUGAACUCUGUGCCACCCUUUCUCGCCUCUCUGUCAGGAACGAAUUCUGUCAAGAAAUUGUGGACCUUGGUGGCUUAAACUUUAUGGUGGCUCUCCUGGCGGAUUGCAUCGACCAUCCGGAUGUGGUGAAGCAAGUGCUGAGCGCCAUCCGAGCGGUUGCAGGUAAUGACGACGUGAAAGAUGCCAUCGUUGAUGCUGGGGCAACGGACCUCAUUGUGCUCGCUAUCAGCCAUCACCUUGCCAACCCCCAGAUCUGCGAGCAAGGUUGUGCAGCCUUGUGCAUGUUGGCUUUGCGCAAGCCUGAGAACUGUAGUGUCAUCAUGGAAGGUGGAGGGGCGUUGGCAGCUCUUCAGGCUAUGAAAGCACACCCACGGGAAGUGGCCGUACAGAAACAGGCUUGCAUGCUGAUCCGCAACUUGGUCUCCCGGAGCCGGGACUUUUCUCAGCCCAUCUUAGAGAUGGGAGCUGAGAACCUGAUAACAGAAGCUCGUGCGACACACAAGGACUGCGAUGAUGUGGCCAAAGCUGCACUGAGGGAUCUGGGCUGCAAAGUGGAGCUCCGGGAGCUGUGGACAGGUCAGAGGGGAAGCCUCGCUCAGUGAAUCCUCACCCCACUGGGCAGCAGAGCUUCGAAACAUCGAUGUACAGGAAUUCUGAGGGGGGAAGCAAAGUGGCAUGGGUUCAUUUGCAGUUACGUUGAACUGGAAUAUCUGAAGCUAAUGCCUGGCUUGUGAGGCUGCAGUGAACUUUUUAUUGGGAGCUACAGGUGAAAUGGCUUUAUGCAUUCGCAGGCUGCAAAUCAGCUCCAUGUAGUAAUCAUUCCCGAAUCAUCUAAUGCCUGAAGAUGAUCUGCUCCCCCCCGUUAUGUGUUAUUCAUGUACAGAACAGCGUCGCCCCCACGUGCUCUGUUCUGUGCAGUGAGAGCAGAAGUGGAUCUUCCCUGGUAGGAGUUUGAUAUGGAUUGUGACUGCUGGUUCCGAUUUGCUCCUCUGCUCUCUGCCGGUGGAGGCUGACAGCCUGAUCCGGUAUUGGGAUGGGCAAGGAGGAAUCGUGUCAUUUGUGAAUGUGUCCUGUCUUGUUGUACUGUUCUAACUGUUAUUUUAUUGCUUACCAUGUUCUGUGUUGCUUCUUUCUUUUGGAUUUUCAACCAACAUAAUAUUUCAAGCAAAAUAAGGAUUUUGGAUAGUAUAGCCCAAAGCGACGUACUCUAUGAUGUUGCCAUCUGCAUCCAGGAGGAAACUUCACGUUCUCUUUCAGUGACAUGAGCAAAUCGGGGAGAGGUAGCGAGGAUGGGAGUUUCAAAGCUGGGACAAACUGGUAGUGCUGCAACACAGCAGGAAUCCAGCACGGGGGAGGCCAGGCUUUGGUUCUGUCUUAGCAGAGUGGCACUUCCCUGAAUCUGAGAGUGCUGAUUGUAAUGAAGAGGCCGUUUUGCUCAUGGACUGAAGGCAGUUGAGGACUUAGGGGCAAAACACGAGGGGUGAAGCAGCUAGAAAGGUGCUGAAGUCUUGGCUAAAGGCUUCUGUGUGCCCUCAGCCAAAUGGUUCCUGAUCUUUGCUGAGCUGUAUUGUUCCCAGCCCUUCUCUAGGCACUGAACUUUCAUCCUGCGCUGCUACUGAUGCUGUACUUGAGUGGAUGUUUUCUAAAGUGAUAGUCUCUGUGCAAAUGCUGACCCUAUAAAACAUAAAAGUGUACAAGGGUGGUUGGGUCUUCAUGGAGCCUUUCUGAGAUGGGAAAACAAAGGU